GCAAACAAACAAACAAGCAUACAAACAAACAUACGAACAAACCACCACAUAAAAUAAGCAAAUCUAGCUUCUGAGAAUGUCGUCACACCCAUACCAUCUGCUCACCCCACCCGUCCAUCAAUCACAUCCAGCUGCAUCCAUGCAGCCACACCCACACCCACUAGCACGCGCGCAUAUAUGCCACGCCCACACCCAUCCUCUUGAAAUCACUACCGACCAUUUUUCCAUCCAUCCAUCCAUCCAUCACACGAGUCCCCCGUUCAUCAGUGUGUCCUUGUCCCCCCCCAUGUGCGCGUCAGGUGCCGUCUGUCGGCCCUCACUAGCCGUCGGCGUCUUCUUGCCGAUCACCUGCCACUCACUACCCUCGCUCACUGUGGCUGGCAGACCACCGCCACUACCGACACCACUGGCACCAACACCAACACCGGUAGACGGCGCGGCCAUGUCGGCGCCGGCCGGCGGCAUGGGAGAGUCCUCGUGCACCUCAUACCUGAGACAGACAACACACACCACACCAUCCACACCACACCAUCCACACAACCGUAUGUGUAGACGCAUAGCUGGGGCUUCGGUAAGGUAAGCUGACUGACCCUCUGGCAACGCCGUUGUUGGAAUGGUUGUGUAGGUGGUUGUUGAGCUGAGCCUGGGGGUAGUCGAUGGGGUGCACCACCGCAGGCAGUCCUAGGUACCCACUACCACUACCAGCACCGGUCCCAUAUUCCUCACCGCCACCGCCACUGGCACCGACGGAAGUGUGUGCGGCCAUGGGCAUAGAGGAAGGCGGGAAGAGGAGGUCGCUGCCGUUGCCGUCCGCCUCCAUCCCCACCUCAUCCUCACGCAUCAUCAGCUGUGAGGACGGCCCACCCACACCCACACCUUCGCCUACACCUAAACCCACACCCACACCCACGCCGUCCUCGGCCUCGCCCAUCGCGCCCAUCGCCCCUGCUGAUGCUGCAGCAGCUGCCGAUGAGCCGUGAUGAUGCCGCUGCUGCUGGUGGUGAUGUCUCAUGAAUGACCGGCCAUUGAUAUGGUCGCUGUCCAUCGAGGAUGAGCUCCCACUGCUGCUAUCCCAGUCGAUGGCUGCGUCGCGGUGGUGGUGGUCAUGGUGAUGGUCGUGAUGGCGGUGCUGGUGCUGGUGCGGCAGCCCUCCACCAGGCAGGUUGGUGAGCCCCCCCAUGGGCGGCAUGGGACGGCUCUUGGCUGCGGCGGGGAGCUUGGUCUUGGCCGACUUGGGUUUCUUGCGGUCAGGCUUCUUGGACGACGUGGCGGGGCUGAGCAGCGGCACACGGACGCCCCCCACCAUCUUGCUAAUCCCGUCGGGACAAAUGCCAUCCUGCCGCCAUACACACAUACAGCCAGUUUAUGCAGCACAUCCCUCCUCCCCCUCCUUCUCGUAUGUGCGUCGGUCGCUCACGGCAUUGUCGAAGGGUUCGGGGUUGUCCAGUGGCACCAUGUAGUCGAUCUGGUUGGUGGGGUCGGCGAUGGCCGCAUGCAUCAGCCGCAACUUGGAGGGGUCUGGAGGGAGCGAACCGGGCUCCAGUGGGGCCAGCUGAUUCACGCAAACAACACACACACACACACACACACACACAGACACACACAGAGGGAGAGAUACACAGACAGACAGACAGGCAGACAGGCAGUGGCUGUGUGUGGGAAUGGCGCAUGCGUGUGUGAAGGGGGAAGAGUGUGUGAGCCGGUCCGGACGGGCGUACCUCCCAUUUGUUGCCGAGGGAGAUGUUGUAGGGCAGCUUGUAGCGAACCACCUGACCGAGAAGAACAGAAGCGUAGCGAAGCGUGUGUCGACAGACAGACAGACAGCCCGAAGGAGGGAGGCAGGGCAGAUGUGUGCUGCUGCUGCUAGGCUUAUGUUGUGUUCUGUGUGUGGGUGCGGUUUGUACCCUGGGUGUGAUCCGCUCAUCGAUUGUCUUGUCCAUAAAGUAGAAGAUCUUCAACUCCUUCUGCACACACACACCAACCAACCGACCAACCAAGGCAACAAAUGAGGUCUGGUCUGUUGUGUGGCAAUGCCCUUCCUCCCUCCCUCCCCGCCUCCCUGACUCCCUGACUCACGCCUCUGGCUCGUCUGGGCAUCCACACAGCCCUGAUGACGGCAUCGUACAGCUCACACGGGUUCGUCUCAGUCCGGCAGCACACCACCGAACCUUUACACACACAGGCAGAGUGGUCCGUCCCGCCCGUGUGUUUCUUUCUCAGUGUGUGUGUUUGGCGGGGUGGACCUACCAACGAAGAAAUCUGUGUUCAUGUCGACUUCUCUGGGGCGCAGACGGAACGCACCCUCCUCCGGAGACCGCACGGGCACUGAUAGAUAGAUGGAUGGGAAUCGAACCGCACACACAUAUGCGAUGCGAUGCGAUGCGAUGCGAAGGCACUCCACUCCCCAUCUGUGUGUUUGGGGUGGGGUGGGGGGUCGGUGGGUGGCGAGGUGAGGUACGUACCUCCGUGUCUGCAGAAUUUGGAGGUGUUGACCCAUAUCUCGUGGGCCGUGUCGUGACGGCUUGUCUGGAAACGAACCUGGACAUACAUGCCACCACACCACACCAUGCACCCACAGUGGACAGACACAUGAGUGACCAACCGUUGUGUAGGUUAGGGGGGCGGUAUGGUGAUGGUGUGUGUGAGGUGUGGUGUGGUGUGGUGUGGUGUGUGGCUUUGGACCUACCUUGGCCGCUCUAUCCUGCACAUUGAUGAUGGACCCAUUCCACCAGGCGCAGCCAGCCGCACCCCACGCAGUACGCCUACACACACAGCACAACACAACACAACACACCUACACAUUAUGUAUGUGUGCAUGCCCCUCUCUGUGUGUGCGCGUGUGUUGUGUUGUGUGCUGAGUGAGAACUGACCAUGCCACCUGCACCUGGUCCCCCUUACGCAGCCCCAGCUCCUCACACGCAGGCGACUCAUCUACCACGCCAAGCUUGUCCACACACAUGCCGCCGUUCACCCCAGCACCACCACCAGCACCACCACCAGCACCACCACCAGCACCACCACCAGCACCACCACCAGCAGAACCAGUGGGCGUGUCAGUGAUUGCCACUGGCGGCUGGGGCGGCGCCUUGGGCCGCUUGGCCUUGCCCUUGCCCUCCCCGUUGGCCUGUGCGGGGGUGCGCUUGGCUUGGCUGGCCUUACGGGACGACGCCGGCGGAUGCUGAGACGAGGCACGCCUGACGCGACACACACCACACAGAGGGAGGGAGAGAGGUCAGCCAGCUGGUACGGUAGGUACAUGUGUGUGUUGGGGUGGUGUGGAUAGGUGGUGACUGACUUUGGUUGGGCCUUUGGCUGCGGGUUGUUGGCUGCCGAUGGAGUCCGCGCACUGCACCCGCAACGUGACGAGGGCAGCGGAGGGGGCAGCGACACAUUCACUGGUGGGUGGGACACAGACAGCCACACAGACACACAGAGAGGGAGAUGGUGCAGAACAAACACUGCUGCAUCUGUCUAUCUGUCUGUCUGUCUGUUUGGCGCUCACGUGAAGGGUCCCGUGAGGGCGGGACGUCGUCAAGGCACUCUAUGGCGUUCCGCGUCGAGUCGCCCUUGCCACGUCUGACAACAAAACCACACACACACAUUUACACCGGUUCGCAUGCCUCGCCCACCUCUCCCUCCCUCCCUCCCCCCCUCCCGCCUCACAUACAUUUUGUCUGCUGUCGACUUCAUGACCUGGCAGGCCCGGCCCUCGCCCGUCUUGCCCUUGGCCGCCGCCCCCUUCUGCACCUGGACCGGCCCCUCGCCACCCCCACCACCGUCCAGCCACAGGAAACAACACUCAACUGGGCCCGGCGCAGCGAACAGACCUACACCUACACCCGGCCCCCCUCCCACUGCCGGAGAGCCGCCCAGCCCCCCAUUCACUCUGCUUCCGCUCCUUUCUGCGCCGCUCCUCGUUCUGAAUGCGUAGCCGCUGGUGUCCCGGGGGGUGUCGGGAUGGUGAUACGCAGCCUCAUUCAGAUUUUUGAGGUUCUCACGCACCAGACGGCUGUUGCGGCUGCCCGCACGGCUGGGCGGCCGGUGGAGGUCCUCCGCUACCCUUUCGCCCCCACACCCUCCACAGCCUCCUCCACAGCCUCCCGCUGUGCCCUGUCUGUCGAGGCUGUCCAUGUCCGUGUGGCCGUCGCAGGCCAUCUCGUCGUGCUUUCGCCGCUUGGACGAGGGCGCUGGUGCCGGGGAGGGAUUGGGGUUGGGAUUGGGGUGCGGGGUGCUGGGCGGCGGGCGGGGGCAGCCGGCGGGCGAACGAAUGACAAAUGAAUGCGUGCCACCGGCUGCAAUGCAAGGGUAGGGUGAGUGAGGUGACCCAGCCACAGACAGACAGACAGAUGUGGUGUGUUGGCUAUAUGUGUGUGGGUCUGGUCUGGUCUGUGCUGUGCUGUGUCUGUGUGGGUGACCUCCGCAAGUUCGUUUCUUGACUCCGUAGACGGGAUGGGCCACCACUCCGCAACGCGAACACAAAAUGGUCAUGUACAUCCGAUUCACUGACACACACACCAGAUAGAUAGAACACACAACACAGACAGGGACCCAGGAUCAAUCAAUAGACACGAUCGUCAGGUGAUGUGAUGUGUGCGCGUCCAUUCCAUGCAUACAUACCGCUGAAUAGAGUGUGUAUGAAGGCGCCUUUGUCCUGGCAUGCAUUGAAGCCGACGAACGACCCGUCCUUCUCCUUGUUGAUCAGCGGCACAGCCCAGUCCAUCCCGCUCUCAACGGCAUACUCUCGAGCUGAAGGGAAGAAAAACACACAGCCCGCACCGCACAGGCAGCAAACACACAGCACAGGUAGGUGCACAGGCACGUGAUCUGACCCUUGCACAUCCUAUCCCAUGCAUCGCUAUGGGUGCUCAGCUCACCGAGUUUCUUAUUUGCGGCCGGCGAGUGCUCGCCCGCAGCCCCGCCUCUGUUGUGACUCAUCAAGGCAGCUCCGGAGGGCCUCGCUAUCUAUGCAGUGAGCUGAUCUUCCUCCAGGUGCGGUGCACCCCUCCCCUGGAGAUGAGAUCGGCCGUCGCUGCGAGAUGACUCGACGUCAGUGGUCGAGAGCCGGCUUGCCUAAAGGAGGUGGGGAUCACUUCACUCACGAGAGCAGCGCUACACGAGGCGUUUG